GUGCUAUAAAUUAAAUAACAAAACAUUGUUUAGUAACGUGGAAAAGGAAAGAGAUAGGCCGACCAAAUACGGGCCGGUGGAUGGGCGGGCCUUAUCUGUUUCGUAUAAAACAAGCCUAGGCGAGUCUUUGUUUCUAGCUUAGGGUUUGGUUUCAGAGGAAGGAAAGAACGAAGGAACGAAGAACAAAUCGAAGAGGUUAGAUGGAUCGUGACAGUAAUGAUGAUGGACGUAUUCCUUUUAGGAGCCUUUCUUGCUACCAAGAGAUUUGUAGGCUUGCUGAUAAGGAUUGUCACUUCUCAUCAAUUCCAAGAUAUCCGCUUUUCGUGAGAGACGUGUAUGAUAUGGUGGAUGAUCCUUCAACUGAUUCAGUUGUCUCGUGGAGUGAUAGUGGCAAGAGCUUCAUCAUUUGGAAGGAAUCUGAGUUCCUAGGAGAUGUUUUUCCUAGGUGCUUUUCCUGCGAUUACAAAGAUAUGGCAUCCCUCACCGCCUGGUUUAAUGCCAUGGGAUAUAGUAAAGUUGAAGAAUCUGUGCAUUGGGAAUACACAGGCAAUUAUUUGGUGAGAGGCCAGCCUCCCCACCCUACAGAUACAUUCUCACGUACUCCUGGGGGUAUUAUGAUUUCUCCAGAAGAGGCCAAAAUCAUGGAGAGGUUCUUUGCUUCUACGAAGGCUCGCAAACAAUAAGCUCUGUCUGUUUCGGUGGAGUUGCUUUGCUCUCGUGGUUGUUGUUGUUUUCUUAAUCUUAUUUUAUCGUCCUGUUUGAAAACAUUAUGUUCGGUCUCUCUCUCUUUUCUUUUCUUAAAUUAUGGUUUGUAAGAUAAGAUGGUUGAUGUUUUUUUUUUUUUUUUUGCAUUUUAAUAAGAUAGAUCAUUAUGAUC